CAGGCGCGCCGCCCUACCGGCCCUGGCGCUCGGGCCACAUCCCAGCCGACCAGCACCGGCCAAUCGAACCAACCACAAGGCCUCGUCGAUUCUGCAGCUCUUCCCCAAACGCGCGGGUGCCUCCCAACGCUGGGGCCAGGCAGCCUAUCAGAAGCAACAACGGCAUCCCGGGGUUGACCAGCUCUUUAAAGCUGUUUUCAGCAUCGCCGAUUGGUGUUCUUUUGUUACUUUUAUAUAGUUUGCCUGUGUUGUCGGCGGCCCUCGUGCUGCCGCUUUGUCGGAGUCUCUUGCCACGCAUUGUUGGCAAAGUUAGGCACAACGCGGCGGUGGCUCAGCAGGGGGCGUGACGGCGGAGGGCUGAGAGACUCUCUCUUUCCUCCUCUUUUUCCCGCCUCCCGCGGCGCUCCUGCCCUUGCCGAGCACCGCUGAACAGUCAGGCAUGGCAGCUAGUGGCGGACUGGACAUGGCGCUGCAACAGCAACAGCAACACCAACACCAACAACAACCUCGGCUGCAGUACAGCUCGUCACCGUCGCUCUCGUCGCCGCCGUCGGCACUGUCGGAGCCUGGCUCUCCGGCGCGCGUCAUCAACGCCGUCAUCAACGCCGGCCGCGCCAACAUUGAGAUGGACGAGAUCAUCGUCGAACCCAGCUCCGCAGCUCAGUUCGGCAUCAUGCAGCAACUCCACCCCUCCGAACCACCCUCGAACGUCCCGCUGACCGCCGCCGGUCUUCCAAGAAAGAAGCCCGGCCGCAAGCCCGGCAGCACCCUCAAGCCGAAGGUCCCCCCCGCCGAUGGCAGCUCCACCAACGCCGACCAGCCCAAGCAGCGGCGGCCGCGGAAGCCCAAGGAUCCCAAUGCCCCUCCCGUCCAGAGGAAACGCAAGGCGGCCGCCGCCGAAGGUAGCGACGCCACCUCCGAGCCGGACGCGAGGUCCGUCUCGGGCCCGCCUCGGCAGACCAAGAUCACCGAGCUCACACCGAUGCGCAUGGCCCUGGACGCGCGGUCCCCGCCCGUCGAUAUCGGCUUCGCCCCGCCGAUCCCGAAGCGGGAGAGCGGCUCGAGUUCCAUGAACAUGCAGAACCUUCUGAACGAGGAGCCCCAGCCGAAACCUCCGCCCGCCGCCCCUGCGAGGCAGAUGUACGACCCCAUCAGGAGCAAUUACGAUCCGAUCCGGGAAUCCAUGGCGGCGCGUGACCCGUACGGCACGGGACCGCUUGGCUCGCCCCGCGCACCCGCCCAGGCUGUCAACCGGGCCAGCGCGUCGCCCUCGAUCGCAAGCUUGGUAGACCCGCAGCCUGUUGCCCCCGUCAUCUCCCCCCGCCCGUCCCAUACGUCGUACACAAACCCGGCGCCCCAGCCGCGUUUCCACGAUUCGGCGUCCUCCUUGCCUCCCUCGCCGUCGCACGCCGUACGGAGCACUCCUCAACCUCUACCCAAGCCCGCCCUCGCCGACGCAAGGCGUCCUCCACCGCCGCCUGCGGCCCAAACAUCGACCAACAAGGCCGAAUCGAAGACGACGUCUUUCACCAGCAUGACGAGUCUCCCAAGCGCCACGUCCGCUGCUGCGACACCAGCGGCAGCGCCGCCAGCGCCGCCGCAGAGCAAGAAGAUCGCGGCCGUGGUCCAGCAGGAGCGCGAGUCGAACAAAAAGGCCCGCAGCAGCUCGUCGUCCUCGCCUAAAAUUAGCAGCCUCCGCGACGCGCUCCCUCCGCUCCCCGGCGGGGAGCGAUCCAUCCUCGACUUCGGCAAGGCGCGUCCCGGCGAGGAGGUCGAGGCGCCCAGCAUCUCGCUGCGUAUCCCCAUCAACCCGGGCGAGACCAACAAGUACGUCAACUUCAUGCGCAUGGCCGAGGAGCGCUACGGCUGGGAUGCGCUACAUCCACGCCUGGCCGCGAGCCGCGAGCGCAAGGCGCGCAUUGCCGCGGCGACGGCCGCGCUGGAGCGGAACGGCAGCGGGCGGGACUCGGGCGAGGAUAUGGACGAGGACAUCCUGCAGGGGUCGGACGCCGGCGAGAGCAACGUGGAGAUGGGCGGGACAGGCGCCGCGAACGGCAACGGGGCACCGGCGAAGCCGCCAAGGAAAAAGCGCAACUUCAAGGAGGACGAGUACGACAGGGACGACGACUUCGUGGACGACUCGGAACUGCUCUGGGAGGAACAGGCGGCCGCCAGCAAGGACGGCUUCUUCGUCUACUCUGGGCCCCUGGUCCCGGAGGUCGAGAAGCCUGCCGUCUCGCAGGACAGACCGAGACGGGGCCGCGGCGGGCGCGGGAGGGGAGGCAGGGGCGGCGCAACCAGGGGCGAAGGAACGGGGCGCGGGAGAGGCGGCGGGCCGGGCUCGCGUGGCGGCACGGUCCGCAAGCCGCGGAUUACAAAGCUCGAGAAGGAGCAGCGCGAUCGCGAGAAGGCCGAGCGCGAAAAGCUGGCGCAGAUGGCGUCCAAGUCGGGCGCCGGCGCCGCGGCGGCUGCCGCCGGUCUGUUGUCGCUCAAUGGGACGCCUGCGCCGGGUCAGGGCGCGGUGCCCGGGAUGGCCAUGUGAGAUUUCUGUGU